AUGCCCUCCUGGGGGACCAUCUGCAGCCUGCUGCUCCUCAGUGUGCUCUGGGUGGACUUGACCAUGGCGGGCUCCAGCUUCCUGAGCCCCGAACACCACAAAGUGCAGCACAGAAAGGAGUCCAAGAAGCCGCCAGCCAAACUGAAGCCCCGAGCUCUAGAAGACUGGCUCCCCUCUGAAGAUGGAGGUCAGGCGCAAGGGGCAGAGGAGGAGCUGGAGAUCCGGUUCAACACCCCCUUUGAUGUUGGAAUCAAGCUGUCAGGGGCUCAGUACCACCAGCACAGCCAGGCCCUGGGGACAUUUCUUCAGGACAUCCUCUGGGAGGAGGCCAACGAAGCGCUCACCCGGCUUUUAGAUGGCUUCUGCAACAACUCCCAGCUCUGA